AUGCCCGAGAAGCUCAAUGGAGAGGGCGACAGCACGAUUGAUGGAGCUGUUGAACUAGACCUCCUUGCCUCCGGCAGCUUGGAGCUCCAGGACAGGCCAGACAACCAGGGCCCGGCAGCCAGGACCGCAGGAGCUCUGGGCGUCUUGGCUGCUGAGACAGCCGACAGGGCGGCCGAGGCACCGUGUGCUGCGAGAUCACUUGGGUGCGCAGUCAAUAUCCAGCCCGAGGGCCGCUCGACCAUUCCCGGAAUACUAGCGACGAGCACACGCUUUCGUCCUAGGCGCAUCCGCAUCCCGCGGACGGAUAGUUUGGUGCCGGCCAAGGCCACCGCUGGGGCUAACCACGGAGAUUGGGACCAGGCCAUUGGGACCAAACCUUCGGAUCGGACUUUCACCUCCAGCAACAUCCAACCUACACUCGUUAUCUGUUCUUCCGCAGCUUGCGUGCCUGCCAUGGCUCUGCUAGAAGGCCCGGCCUUGACCAUCCUUGGCCUGCUCGGGGCUCUGCUCAGUUACCGGCUCCUGUUCUACACGCCCGUGCUGACCCGGGACGGCGUACCCCUGAAAAGGGCCCCGAACACCCUGCCGCUCGCCGGGAACGGCAUCGUGUUCCUUCAGGCCCGGCAGAAGCUCUUCUCAUGGUUCACGAAAUGCGAGCGUUUAUUUGGUUACGAGACUUUUCAGAUCUCUGUGCCUACCCUGCCACCUGGUGUCGUGGUCAACGACCCUACGAACCUAGACUAUGUCCUGAAGAACGAAGGCCUUUUCACCAAAGGCGACCUGUUCAAGAGGCUGUCAUGGGACCUUUUUGGGGGCGGUAUCAUCAACUCUGAUGGAGAGCUCUGGAAAGUUCAACGGAAAGCCGGGUUGGCGUUUCUGAACACAUCAAAUCUGCAGGUGUUGACGGACGUCGCCCUGCCCAAGUACCUCGGACAGAGUGUUGGCGUGCUGAAGCGCCAUGGAGACGAUGGCAAUGCUGUCGACUUGCAGUUGGUGUUCCACGAGAUCACAAGCCAGCUCAUGGGGAAGAUGGCAUACAAUAUGGAGAUGCACGCCGACGAUGAUUUCACCACGGCCUUCGAUCAUGCUUCUGGUAUCACAACCCACCGAUUUCAGAAUCCACUCUGGUUCAUCACCGAGGUAUUCACGGGAUCAAGAUUUCGAAAGUCAUUGGCAGUCGUGAGGUCCUUUGGGGAACGGAUCGUGCAGAGUGCGGUGAAAGACCGCCAAUCAGAAAAGCCGAUGGGUACUGGCAAGCUGGACGAGGUUUCUGGCACAAUGAUACAGUCUCUGCUGAGCUCGAUCAGCGAUGAGAAGAUUGUUGCUGAUUCAGCCCUGAACUACCUGUCUGCCGGAAGAGAUACGGUCGCCCAGGCACUGACUUGGGCGUUCAUGUUGCUCAUGGAGAACCGGUUUGCAACUGGCAAGGUCCGCAAAGAGAUACAUGAUUUCCUUGAGAGUGUAGAUGACCAUGCAGGUGUGGAUACAGGAGGAGCGGGGGUCAAUUCGACCCUGUUUACACCUAACACCCUGCCAUACACCAUGGCCGUGUUUUACGAGUCAUUGAGAUUAUAUCCACCGAUCCCAUUCGAGAUUCGGCAGACCGAGAAAGCAACUACUCUCCCUGAUGGGACGUUUCUACCGGAGAGGUCCAUCAUCAUAUGGUGUACCUGGGCUAUGAACAGAUCAAAGACGACAUGGGGUGACGAUGCCGAUAUAUUCCGCCCCGAGCGGUGGCUAGUCAAUGGGAAGUUUGUGAAUAGGAGCGCUUCAGAGUUUCCUGUCUUCAAUGGUGGGCCCAGAAUAUGCCUGGGCAAGAAGAUGGCAGAGAUGAUGGCAGCCCAGAUCAUUGCGGCCUUGCUGCUGCAGUUUGAUUUCAUGCCCGCCUACGGCACGAAGCGGGUCAGCAAAGACAGCCUGACGCUGCCUAUGGACGGCGGUCUUCCAUGCUAUGUGAGGGCGAGAAACUAUAGACCAGAAUAG